GUCGUGAUCCCCGUCACAAGGCUAGAACCCUAAUGUAGCACGAAGUGGGGGAAGGAUGCAAACUGCGACGGUGUGUAGCAGCCACACGGUAGGGUUUGAUCGGCGGCGCUGCGAAGUACUGCGCACGCAAUGCAGGCCACGUAUCAUCCAGAGAUUGCCGGCACAGAGUAGGAGGAGAUUGAUUACCGCCGCGGCUGGAAGCUCCGGGCCGAAGGGCGAUGGAUUCUCAGGUAGAGAUUUCCUGGCGGAAUUCGAUGAUCUGCUCAAGUUUAAGCCGGCUGACAAGGAGCAGCAGCAGGCGUCGACGAGCAGCGCGCUGUCGGAUCUUUUCAAGGUGAUGGACGAGAAGAAGAAGCCGGAUGAUAGCAGCAAGAGCAUGAAGUUUGGGACAUUCAAGAGCUUGGAUACGGAGGACAAGCAACCCAAGGCUGGGAAGGUCAAGAAGGAGCGGAUCACAAAGAAGUUUUUUGGCUCGUCUCCCGGCAAAAUAGAAGUGAAGGAAAUUGUCGACGCCUUUAAGCUCCAUGAAGCCGAUGUUGGAUCGUCACAAGUUCAAGUUGCGCUCCUCACCCAGCGGAUCAAAUACGUCGCAGCUCAUCUCAAAGACAACAAAAAGGACUUUUCAUCGCAACGGGGGCUCCGCGCGAUGGUCGAGAAGAGGAAGAAGCAUCUCCUAUACCUGCGAAGAACAAACAUGGACGGCUACAAGGUGGUGAUCGCCAAGCUGGGCCUCAAAGACAACCUCGACAAAGCGAGACUGGCAGCGUCUGGCCGCCGGGGCCGUUAAAAAGAUUGUGAGCGCCACGUCAGUUGUACACGUCAUUCUAAUUCUGUCACGUCAGCCCUAAAUGAUCUUUGUUGGCCACGUCAGCCCUAGAACUUUCUAGGGUUUUCGGGCUAGGGCUUGGGGGCGCCGCGAAGGUCGAGUAUUUGAGAGAGGCCGUAGCGAUGGUAGCGUGUUCUAGCGCGUGAUGAUUACAUAGUUCAGAUGAGUCCCACAAUGGGCGCUGACUAUAAGCACUAUGUCUUUCGCUCCUAUCUGACGCUUUGAUCUUCCUCGGUA